UCAUAAAAUAAUAAAAUAAAUAUUACUGUAUAAUAAUAAAUAUACUUUACUAAAAAUAGUUAUUAUAUAUGGUGUUUGAAUGUUGAGUGGUUUGUAACACAGUGUGAAUGUUGAGUGCUUUGUAACAUGGCUUGUUGUUGAAUAUGGUGUUUGAAUGUUGAGUGGUUUGUAACACAUCAUGUUGUUGAAUAUGGUGUUUGAAUGUUGAGUGGUUUGUAACACAUCACGAGUUCCAACGACAACUAUACCGCCUCCAACACCGCCUCCAACAACAACAAUGCUGAUGGGCAGAAUGUCGAGGCCCAUAAUCCGCCCCCACAGCAGCCUCCCCCGAGGCCUAAGGAUCAGAAUGUCGAGGCCUCCACAGCAGCCUAGCCUCCACCACGGAUGCCUCAACUAGUCAAAUGCUUCAAUUGCAACGAUGUGUUCAUCCAGGGGGGCAAGCAUUCCUCCCAUUUCAAGGAGCCUAAAAGCAGCAGCAACCCGCAAGAGCCCACCCCAGGCAGGGAACAACAAGAGGAAUCCACGCUAGGGAGGGGCUGGCAUCGAAUGUUAUUCUACUCUAAGGGCCGCAUUGUUGGUUUCUGCUAGUUUGUGUACUUGUUAUUUAAUUUCUGCUGGACUUUUAUUUCGUAUUCUCUGCUUAUUGGAUUUUAUGAGAUUCUGAUGCUUCAAGCUUCUUUUGUUCAAUUUCACUUCGCUGGGGGGGGGUUGCAAAUUGCUGGGGUUGUAAGUGGAGGGGUAAAUUGUUGUUUGGAUGAAAAAGUAGAGGGUGCAAAUAGAGUGAAAAGUAAGUAAUUAUAUUAUUUUAAAGUAGAUUUUAAAAUUUUAAAAUAGAUUUUAAGAUUAUAAAAUAGAUUUUAAGAUUAUAAAAUAGAUUUUAAGAUUAUAAAAUAGAUUUUAAGAUUUUAAAAUAUUAUCAUAAAAUAAUAAAAUAAAUAUUACUGUAUAAUAAUAAAUAUACUUUACUAAAAAUAGUUAUUAUAUAAUAAUGCUCAAAUAAUAAUUAAUUAUAACAAUUGUAAUAAUCAUUGAUCGAGCGAUCUCAAAACUCGAAGCUCAACUCGUAACUAAUCAUCCUAUAUAGGGUUUUCGUGUCUAGUUUAAUCUUAAAUUGUCAAACUUAGUCAAACACGUUCGAAUUUGUAAGUUUUAACUAUUUAGUCAAAUAAACUGAGUUAACCAAACAAUUUCUCUCUAUCUUUUCCACAAACACCUCGUAUCUCUAAUUUUCAAUGCAAAUUCGAUUCAACCAAGAGAUCUAGAUUUUACUUGACAAACAAUGAUAAACUUGUUUCCAGAGUCAAAUGGUCAAGCCCGAAUAAUGUUUACAUUAAUGAUAUUUAUAAAAAGAAGACAUUGAUAAUAUUAAUUAUUAUAUAAUUAUAUAUAACACAAUUAGAAAAAUCAAAUUCCAUAAUUCCCCCUCCCCCUCUCUUCCUUCCUUCUCUUGCACCCCAAUUCGGGGGGUAAGCCGAAACAGUAAAUUUGCACUCCCGUUUUGCACCCCCCUACUGUUCCAAAUUAACCAAACAGGUGCAAAUGUAUUGGAAACUGUGUUUACCCCUCACAUUUGCACCCUCCUCCCAUUUACCCCUCUUCCCAAACAAAGUGUGAAUGUUGAGUGGUUUGUAACAUGGCUUGUUGUUGAAUAUGGUGUUUGAAUGUUGAGUGGUUUGUAACACAUCACGAGCUCCAACGACAACUAUACCGCCUCCAACAACGCCUCCAACAACAACAAUGCUGAUGGGCAGAAUGUCGAGGCCCAUAAUCCGCCCCCACAACAACCUCCCCCGAGGCCUGAGGAUCAGAAUGUCAAGGCCUCCACAGCAGCCUAGCCUCCACCACGGAUGCCUCAACUAGUCAAAUGCUUCAAUUGCAACGAUGUGUUCAUCCAAGGGGGCAAGCAUUCCUCCCAUUUCAAGGAGCCUAAUAGCAGCCGCAACCCGCAAGAGCCCACCCCAGGCAGGGAACAACAAGAGGAAUCCACGCUAGGGAGGGGCUGGCAUCGAAUGUUAUUCUACUCCAAGGGCCGCAUUGUUGGUUUCUGCUAGUUUGUGUACUUGUUAUUUAAUUUCUGCUGGACUUUUAUUUCGUAUUCUCUGCUUAUUGGAUUUUAUGAGAUUAUGAUGCUUCAAGCUUCUUUUGUUCAAUUUCACUUUGCAACUUCUCAAUGUUAGCUCGGUGUUUUUGCUCCAAUUAUAUUGUUCCUUGUAUGCUGUGUCCAUCUGCUUACGUGCAUUCUCAAAAGCUGCAUGACCAACUUCAUGCUGCGAUAAUUUACAGAGGAAUAUUAAAAUUAUAUCACAUGCUUGCCAACGGAAUAACUAAAAAGAAAAAAAAUAUUGGUCAAUUUGUAGAAUUGAAAAUAAUCUGUUUGACCAAGAGAGUCCACCUUAAUUCAACGCAUUCUGGCUAAUCGUAUUGUUGUUUUUUUUUUUUGCAUAAUGUUGUUGCUCAAAUUAUUAAUGAACAAUUAAUCUGACG